UUUCAAUCUCCUCCGUCCUACCAACAACAAGUGAGGACCAGCGCUGCACGUCCAUCCGUUCUCUGUUCAGCGUCGGGGCUUUGAGUUGAGUUAUAGAUGUCUUCUGGAAUUUCUUUUCCCCUCGUCCAUUUCACUGCUUAAUCGAUGGGGAUGACAGAUUGCAGGUGCAGCGGCGGCGUGCGUUAGAACCAGCAGGGACGGUGUGUGGUGCACUAGGACCGGGGAGAGACUACUCUCAUUGUGAGCAUUGGAGCUGUAGAGGGAACCCCUUCACCCCCCGCCCCACACACACACACACACACACACUGGAUCUGGCGAUUAUAUCCAUACAUUUCUUUUUCUUCCCCCCACCCCCCAUCAUCGUGUCCACGGGGAUCGCACCAACGAGUGUGUUCAGGACGCACACAAGAGUGGAUUUCUAAUUCGGCGUAAAAGUCAGCUAUUAGAUAUUUUUGUUGCCUUUUGAAAAAAGAAAGGGGGUGAGGUUGUCAUAUAAUCUUUCUUAGGUUCUAGGAAAAUCUUUUUUUUUUUUUUUUUCCUCAUCGGUCUUUACCUUCAUCUCCAAGAGCGCAAAGUGACAUCUGCGCUACAAAGCGCCCAGUGCACUUUCUUUUCCUCCAAAAAAAAAAAAAAAAAGAAAGAAAAGAAAAGGGGGACAGAAGCAUAUACAAACCUUCAUUGGCUGAAUGGGUAACCUCGCAGAAACACAGAUCACCUCCAGCUUGCAGCCACUGUACGCGCACGGUUUUUUCCUCUACUAACCGGGAGUUGUGAUGUCCAGAGCCUUCCCCGCUGACUGACACUCGGCGUCGUACCAUUUUGGAACCGAACUGAAGGCAAGGAUUCACCAUACUGCUGCACAGCAAUCCUCACAGAACGCGAGGCACAACCUGACACAUCUGACAAACAGCCGAGCCUAUGAAUACGCAGAUGCUACAUUGAUGAGACAUCAGCUCAGGCUUUGAGGACGGGGGAGGAAGAUGAGACCUCCCAGCCCUCUCCUGAUCCUGCUGUACUUCACCCUGUCCAAGAGUGUGAAAGUGGUCUCAAAGAGAGGCUCAGUGGACGGCUGCACAGAUUGGUCAGUGGAUUACAAGAAGUACCAGGUGCUUCAGGGUGAGGCAGUGCGUCUGAAGUGCGCUCUGUUCUAUGGUUACAUCCGGAGCAACUACAGCCAGGCCCAGAGCGGGGGCCUUAGCCUCAUGUGGUACCGCAGCUCCGGCCUCGGCCACACCGACUUUGAAGAACCAAUCUCUUUUGAUGGAGUGCGCAUGAGCAAGGAGGAAGAUGCCAUCUGGUUCAGACCUGCUGACCUUCAAGACGUGGGACUCUACUCGUGUGUUUUACGGAACUCUACGUACUGCAUGAAGGUCUCCAUGGCUCUGGCUGUGGCUGAAAAUGACACAGACCUCUGCUACAACUCCAACAUGAGAAUAACUGAGAAGGCUGAGCUCAGUAGAAGGUUCCACAUCCUAUGUCCAGAAAUAGAUGACUACGUUGAACCUGGGAAGGAGCCUGAAAUCACGUGGUACAAGGAGUGUCGUCCAAAAAAGUGGCGGGCCACUAUCUUCCAGAGGGGAGACAAGUUGUUCUUUCAAGAAGUUAAGGAGGAUGACAUUGGGAAUUACACCUGCGAAAUCCAGUUUGGCGGCUUUGCUGUCAGAAGGACAACGGAACUCACAGUAACUGCUCCUAUAACCGUCGACCCGCCAAAGAUCCUGUUUCCAGCAGAAAACAAGACGACAAACAUGGAGACACAACUCGGAAGCGCUUUGAACCUCACAUGCAGAGCAUUUUUUGGCUACAGCAGAGACGCCAGCCCGCUUAUCUACUGGAUGAAGGGCGAGAAGUUCAUAGAGGACCUGGACGAAGAGAGGGUCCAGGAAAGUGACAUCAAGCUUGUCAGGGAACAUCUCGGAGAGCAGGAAGUGGCGAUUUCCUUGACUAUUGAGUCUUUGGAGGAGGAGGAUUUAGGAAAUUAUUCCUGUCAUGUGGAAAAUAGUCACGGGCAUAUCAACGCCACCGUUCAGAUCUUCAGGCGGGCAGAGCUCAUGUACACAGUGGAGCUGGCAGGAGGGCUGGGAGCAAUUCUGCUGCUUCUCAGCUUCCUCAUCUCCCUGCACAAAUGCUACAAGAUUGAGCUGAUGCUUUUCUAUAGGAGGCACUUCGGCAGCGAGGAUGUGGAUGGAGAGAACAAAGACUACGAUGCAUAUCUUUCAUACACCAAAGUGGACCCUGACCAGUGGAGUCAAGAGACCAGGGAGGAGGAGCGCUUCGCCUUGGAAAUACUACCCGAUGUGCUGGAAAAACAUUACGGCUACAAGCUCUUCAUCCCUGAUCGAGACCUCAUUCCAACAGGCAGUCUCACCAAUGAGCAUUACCAGGAUGACACACGACUUUUUGGAGCGUACAUAGAGGACGUUGCGCGUUGCGUAGACCAGAGCAAGCGCCUCAUUAUAGUUAUGACACCCAACUACGUGGUGCGGCGAGGUUGGAGCAUCUUCGAGCUAGAGACCCGACUGCGCAACAUGCUGGUGAGUGGCGAGAUCAAAGUCAUCCUGAUCGAGUGCGCCGAGCUGCGCGGCAUCAUGAACUACCAGGAAGUGGAGGCCCUCAAACACACCAUCAAAACCCUCACUGUCAUCAAGUGGCGGGGCCCCAAAAGCAACAAGCUCAACUCAAAGUUCUGGAAGCAGCUGCAGUACGAGAUGCCCUUCAGGCGCACAGAGCCCAUGCUCACGCACGAGCCGGCGCUGGACGUCAGUGAGCAGGGUCCCUUCGGGGAGCUGCAGACCGUCUCGGCCAUCUCCAUGGCGGCGGCCACUUCCACGGCCAUGGCCACCGCCCAUCCAGAGCUGCGCUCCUCGUUCCACAACACCUACCACACCACCAUGAGGCAGAAACACUACUACCGCACCUACGAGUAUGACAUACCCCCGGGGGGUACCCUACCAGCUCUCUCGACUCUGGGGAACCAGCACACCUACUGCAACAUCCCGUUAACACUGCUGAACGGGCAAAGGGCUCCGGGGAAGAGCCGAGAGCACAGCCUGGAAGAGGCUCACGCCAACAACGCCAUGCUCCCGCUGCUGCCAAGAGAAACCAGCAUCUCCAGUGUCAUCUGGUAGUGACGAGCGGUCUCGACGUCAGCUUCGGGAAGACCAAGGUCACGGUCGGAGAUGACGAGAACCAAAAGGAGAAGUUGGAUCUGGAAAUGGAUCUGUUCAGGUCCAGGCAUCAUCACUGAUGGAAAACACAGGUGUGGGGACGGUUUCCCCUGUCUUUGAAGAGGACCAGUCUCUUCUAAUGAGCGAUUUUAUUUUCUAUGUGGAAAUGAAGAAAACAUUUUAAAAAAAAACUUUUCUUUUUUUCUAAAUGGACAAAUAAAGUGCAGGAACUCCGCUUUAAGGAAGACAAACACAAUUCCUACAUCUUCACAAAAAGAAAUGUGCAUACAUACAAACAAAAGGAAAACAGGGUCUGUACAUAUAUUUGCAUUUUAUUAGUAGCAUCAGUGUUUUCCUGUUUUGUUAUUUAGUCUGUUUAAUUCAACCAUGUCUGUUGCCUUCUCUACUGUAGGACUUUGCUUUAAAAAUGUUACACAAAGAUGUAUAUUUUUUAUUCUUUUCAGUUUUUUUAUCUUACUUUUAACACGCUUGAUUGGAAAGCCAGUAUGUCAUGUACUUGCGCUGUUGUGUUCUUUCUAUUUGUUUUAUCUUGUUUGUUUUAAAUCAUUCUGUAGUUUAAGCAAACUUUUUUUAUGAAAGAAAAAAAUACUUUUUGGAAGACCUGGACAUCUUCAGGAGAUGUGAAGAGCUGAAACCCGUUUUCGUUUGCCUGUACAAGGUGUAUCUAUUUUAAAACAGAACUCCUUUGGGGAAAAAAAAUCAUAGAAUAUGCAAAAAGACUGAAGAGCUGGCUAAAAACAUCCGGCCGCGUGGGGCACAGAUGAGAGAAGUGGUUGGAGAGAAGCGCCGGUCCCCUCCAAUCAGACCGACAGACUGGCAGAUCUCUUUCUGACGCUUCGUUUUUUGUUUUUUUUUGUUUUUUCUAUCGAAACAAACAGCCUGGCUGUUUUAGACUGAUAGAGAUAUGCCUCACCUUAAAAAGAAAAUCUGUAGAUUAUUUAAAACAAAAAAAAAAUUCUAUUUUUAUAACAGAAAAGAGUUUGCUUGAGAGGUCAUACUUAUUUGCAUUUCAUCUUUCAUAUAGAAAGGGGAUCGAUGUUUCGGCGUUCUGUUGGUUUUGUACUCUUGUGAAAGUGGUUUCUGAUUCGCUGAGAGACAAGGCCGGUUUUUGAAUCCCACCUGACGGAUACACACCCUCUACUACUUCAGGUUCUAAAGAAACGGAAAAAUACAUUUCCAAAUGUUUUCGUUUUUGAUGCAUCAUUUUAUUGCCAUCUUGAAAAUUCAGGUUUAUUUGGUUCAUAGAGAUAGUUCACGAUUUAAUGAGAGAAAAGAAACCAGGUGUGUUUUGAAAGACUUUUUAAAUAUAUUUGAAGGUGUGAUUUUUAAGUAUGCAUAGCAAAUAGAUAUGUAUUCUAUAUAUAAUAUAGAUAUUUAUAUAAAUAUAUAAACACAAUUUUCACUUGGAAAGAAAUGUCUAUCUUUAUAGAAACACAAUCAUUAUCCGUUGCCCUUACUUUCUCACUGCACAUUAAAAGCAUUGAUUUCCUUUGAA